GGAAAGGGCAGCACCAGCAGCAAAACCCCAACCAUCCAGCCGAUUUCAUUCAGCCACGCCUUCCCCACUUAGAAAAAUCUGGAAUUUAACGGCCCUCAUUCUCUCUCUCUCUCUCUUCUCUCUCUCUAGACUUCUUGCUGCUGUGCUGCCUCUCUCUCUCUCUCUCUCUGUCCUCCUCCGACUUGUAAUAAACAGAGACGAAUACAACAGAGAGCACCCUCCAUUUCAUAUUCCCAGAAUCUUCCCUCAAGACCCUUUCUUUCCCCCACCCGCUUCACCCGCUUUCUUCCUGUCCGCGUUUCUUUCGGCAGCCCCAACUUGCUGUGGAGCUCGGAGAACCAGAAAAGGGCGAACCUUUUUGCCAGUGAAUAGAGGGCAGGAUGUGUGUUCAGGAUGCAGAGGAGAUGGAGGGCCCUGACCCUGAGAAGAAGGGCAGCAGCUCCCCCAAGUCUCCUUCUUGGCCUUUGCAUUGCGAGUUCUUGGAUUCCCAAAUGGGGAAUUGGGGCAGCGAUGAAGACGACGAUAAGAAGAAUAAGAGCAGUAGCCAGUCCUCUUCUGCUGUUGCUGCAAGCAACGAGUCCACCCUUGGGAGCUCAUUCCCGAUUGAGAGCAUAAGUGAGGACUGCAUGGCAUCUGAGAAAAAGCAGAUUGCGGCACCAAACUUUGUGCCGAAGCUUCGGUCAGGGGAGUGGUCUGAUAUUGGCGAUCGGCCUCAUAUGGAGGACACCCAUAUAUGCAUUGUUGAUUUGGCUGAAAGGUUCGGCUGCAAUAAACUCCUUGAUGGUGAAGCGGUGUCUUUCUUUGGUGUCUUUGAUGGGCAUGGAGGAAAGGCUGCGGCGCAGUUUGUUCGUGACCAUUUGCCUAGAAUCAUAGUAGAAGAUGCUGAUUUCCCGUUAGAACUUGAGAAAGUUGUUGUGAGGUCCUUUAAAGAGACUGAUGCUGCCUUCGCUGAGUCAUGUGCUCUCGAGUCGGGUCUUUCAUCUGGGACAACUGCUCUGACUGCAAUGAUAUUUGGGAGGUCUUUGUUGGUGGCAAAUGCCGGAGAUUGCCGAGCUGUACUUUCUCGGCGGGGAGUGGCUGUAGAGAUGUCCAGAGAUCAUCGCCCAUGUUGCACCAGGGAAAAGACGAGAAUUGAAUCCCUGGGUGGUUUUAUUGUUGACGACUAUUUAAAUGGUCAAUUAGGGGUCACCCGGGCACUGGGAGACUGGCAUCUUGAGGGUAUGAAGCGGAGGGGUGAAGGACUUGGUCCCCUGAGCUCCGAGCCUGAGCUAAAUUUGACUACUGUGGUGAAAGAGGACGAGUUCUUGAUCAUUGGAAGUGAUGGCAUGUGGGACGUUUUCAGUAGCCAGAAUGCCGUGGAUUUUGCCCGAAGGAGGCUCCAAGAACACAACGAUGUUAAACUUUGCUGCAAGCAAAUCGUGGAGGAGGCAAUAAAGAGGGGGGCCAGGGACAAUCUGACGGUCGUGAUAGUGAGCUUUCAUCACGAGCGGCCCCCACAACUGGUGGUGCAGAAGGCAAGGUUCCGGAGGAGUAUCUCUGCUGAGGGGCUUCAGAGUAUCAAGUGUUUACUGGAUGGCUAGCACAGCAUAAUUCUAAGUCUCCCAUUGGAAAAGGUCAGCAGUUUCUCGUAAACAAUAAUGAUAAUAAGAUUAAUAGUUACACCCAAUCCCUGUGUGUUUGUACAAUAGAUUCAUCCGGGAAAUAGUCUGUCAAUUCUUAUGACCGUCGAUGUUUCUUUUGGUUGGCAUCGAGAUUGUGGCACAGAAAGUUCGAUGCCAGUUCUUUGUUUCUUUUUUCGAAUAUUUCACUAUAAUCAAGCAACCAAAAGAAGCUUCCGACGAUCGUAGGGAUACAGAUGUGUUGUAUUUGAGGGCAUUCAAGUUAUUGUGUGAACAGUUGGUUCUGUAUUAGCUCACGGAAUAAGAAACUGUACAUAUUAUUUUCCUACAUCUGUGAUCUCUUCACUUUUCCCUGCAAUAAUCUGCCUUUUCAUCCGAACCUUUGGUACUAAACAGUGUGUGGGAAGCUCGAUCUUUAUGUCAGCCAGUGAACUAAAUUGGAGAAAAGGGUGCUUGGUAUAUAUAUGGCAGUCACUCAUAUUAUUCAUCAACAACACAUACUGAUUACAGCUGAAUAAUACAGCUUAUUUGUGAUAGUACUCUCUCUUCCCAUCAACACCAAGUACUAGAACAAAGAGCAAAACUAGCAAACCACACCAGACAAGGAACUUUUCUCGCCUACACCCGUUGAUGCAGCACCCUGAUCAAUGGUAGACAUAGGAUAGGCGGGCAGCAUCCUGAUAAUGGCAGAGGAUAGGCGAAACUCGCUUACUCAGAUGACUAAUGUUUCAUAGCAUUAACAUCAGCUGUAGGGAAGAUCUUCUCAAUCAUUAUGGGUGGGGGUGAUGAUGGG